CUUCAUUUGAAACAUCGGUCACGUGCGGUCUGGGGUGCCGCGUCCUUCCUACCUGGUUCUGCUCUGCAACCCCAAGCGCAGAGAGAGAGAGAGAGAGAGAGAGGCGGGGGGCGGGGAGGGGGGAUGGAUCUGAGCCUCGCACCUUUGAAGAAUCUGAACCAAAAUAUGUGCAAGAAUGGGGUCUCCCGCAAACACUUGCACGCUUUUUUACAGCCAUUUUUAUCAUUUUCCCCACCUCCAUUAUUAUGGAUAAAAAGGGUCUCUCCCCUGACCUCUGCUCUGAUCCUCUCCCUCUGCAACCCUGUUCGGGCCCUUGGUAAAAUUAGCUAAUUGGAGCUCCCUUAUAACCCCCAUCAUUGUCAUUGUUUAAUUAUUUUUUUGUAUUUUAUUUUUGUCAUGAUUACCUCUAUUAUUAGGGUUUAAGCUUUAUGCCUUGUUAAGUCGCUUCGUCGUUAAUCUCCUACUCAUUGCACUGCUUCUCCCCAGAGCUUCUGCUCUGUUUUUGCAAUUGCAGCGUCCUUUUUCUUUUUUCCUUGUUCUGUUUAAAAAAUUAUUUAUUUACUUUUUCUGGGGGUACGUUCUCUGUUUCUGGGGCUGUAAUUAUCACUGUCAGAAGCCCAAUUACUUCCUCUGUCUACAUUGCUUUUCGUAUUUGCAUUGAUUCAUACCUAACCUUAUUUGCCGCGUCUUUCUUGUCACUCGCCACUGUUUCUGCCAGUGCCAGUCUUAUUUGUUUCUUACUUCCACUAUUAUUGAGUACCGUCAUCAGUCAUCGCAGUUGCCACUUCUUCUCUCCUUCUGUUUCGGGCAACCACCGGCGGAUCUCGAUGUAUGCUUCGGGCUGCUGCUCUUGUACGGUGCCGUCGCUGCCGCCGCCCCUCCCCAAGUCGCCGCCGGAGUACCCCGACUUGUACGGCAAGCGCCGGGAGCUCGCCAAGAUUCAGAUGCUGGAAAGACAGAUUGGGUUUCUCGAGGAGGAAUUAAAAUCCAUUGAAGGCCUUCCACCUGCUUCAAGAUGCUGCAAAGAGGUUGCUGAUUUUGUGGUUGCAAACUCAGAUCCUUUAAUGCCCAAAAAUCAGAAGAGGCGUAAAGCAUGUCGCUUCUGGAAGUGGCUCUGUGGGAUGUCCUGUUUCAAAUUCUCAUGGAUUUGCUGCUGUGCUGGUUGUUCUCUUCAUCCGGAAAGACCAAUUUGCUGUGACUGCCAACUUUGUAGCUGCAAUCCAUUAAACCUCUGUGACUGCAAUUGCCAUCAUAUCUGCAACUGCAAUUGCCAUCAUAAUAUCUGUGAUUGCAAUUGCCAUAAUAUUUGCCACUACAAUUCUUGCAAUUGCCCUUCUUGCAUCAAAUGCUCGUUGCCUAAGUGCAGGUGCAGGUGGAGGUGUUUCUCUUUGCCUUCCUCCUCCUGCUGCUUUAAGAUCUCCUGGAGAAACUGGUGCAUUUUCCAAUGCCCUUCAUGUCCAAAUUGCUUCUGCAGAAGAUGGUCAUGUUCUUGUCCUAAAUGCCCAAAGGUAACCCAAUGCUCUGGUUGCUGUACAAAAUCCUGUUGCAACCCUUGUUGUCUAUGUUACUAGAAUUAUUACGAUGAUUCCAUAUCAAAUACUGUGGCCUUCAAGUUCCCUUAAUGUUUUCCUCCAGAGGCAAUUUUUUACAACUUGGAAGGGCUUGUGAACUACUAUAAUUUUUCUGGCUGCAGUCAAACUUUAGCACGGAUAAAUCUCUGUGCAGUUUCCAUUUGGAUCUAUUACAGCAGUGUACCAGUUAUAUUAGUUUUGUUAGUUGGUUUUCGUUCGGUUUUUCUUGUUUCUUCUGUUUUCUUUCUUUUCAAUCUUCUUCCUCUGGUUAUAUAUACAGAGGUUUUGUAAAAUCAGUAUGAGAGAAAUAAUAGAAAGUUGCUUUCUUCUUUGUUCAAA